AUGGCGACGUAUUUUGAUACGCUUGCGAAGACCUAUAGCAACGUCCCGAUCACCAGCGAUGGUGUCUCGACGUCCGAGUUCAUUUCUGCAACGGAGGGCGUCGUGUCGCUCUUUGACCUGCUGGGCAGCAGUGCCUUUACUGUGGUCCAGAACGACAUGAACGGCAACAUUGCGAAAAUCCGUACGCGCCUGCUUGCGACCGGCCCCGAUACGUCUGGCACGCUCCAACUGCUGGUCCGGAAUGAGGGCCAGCCGGGCGAUAAGAAGCGCACCGCAACCGAGGGUCUCCUGUGGCUCCUGCGCGGCCUCGACUUUACGGCCAAGGCGCUCCGCCGCUCGCUUGAAAACCCCAGCGAGGAGCUGAGUGUGAGCUUUACCAAGGCGUACGAAGCCUCGCUGCGCAAGCACCACAGCAUUGUGGUGCGCCCCAUCUUUACGCUCGCUAUGAAGGCGUGCCCCUAUCGCAAGGAUUUCUACGCAAAGCUCGGCUCGCCGGCUGACCGUGUGAAUGCGCAGCUGAACGAGUGGCUUAGUUCGCUGGAGCGCAUUGUGCAAGAGCUACAGCAGUUCUAUGAACAGGGCAGCUAUGCAAAGGGCCUGUAA